AUGGAGAAAUGGGCAGAUCAGGAGUAUAUUUUGCCUUGGGACGUUGCAGUAGAUGCUAUUAGAAAGUCUCAAAUAAAAUCUACAAAUGCCCAAUCUCAUAUUGAGCAUAUGAGUAAUAUGAAAUAUGACUGCGAUCUUAAAAAUAGUAGAAUUACUCAAAUCAUGUGCACUAUUGGUCCCAACUCUGAAAUGCCGCAACAAAUUGAAACCAUGUUAGAGCUUGGAAUGACAAUAGCUAGGAUUAAUAUGGUGCACGGCGAUUUAGAGCACCACAGACAACACAUGAACGCAGUUCCAAUUGAGGAGGGUAGCUCGGUGCGCAUUACCUGCGACCCUGCAUUUUAUGCCAGUUGCGGCAGUGACUUGAUUUAUUUAAGUUGUGAACAUUUGCGAGAAACAGUUAAACCUGGCAAUCGAAUCGUGAUUGAUAAUGGCGAAAUUAUUCUACGAGUUUUGGAUAUAGUCUUUCUAAAUUUCAAAAUGGAGAAAUGGGCAGAUCAGGAGUAUAUUUUGCCUUGGGACGUUGCAGUAGAUGCUAUUAGAAAGUCUCAAAUAAAAUCUACAAAUGCCCAAUCUCAUAUUGAGCAUAUGAGUAAUAUGAAAUAUGACUGCGAUCUUAAAAAUAGUAGAAUUACUCAAAUCAUGUGCACUAUUGGUCCCAACUCUGAAAUGCCGCAACAAAUUGAAACCAUGUUAGAGCUUGGAAUGACAAUAGCUAGGAUUAAUAUGGUGCACGGCGAUUUAGAGCACCACAGACAAGAAUUAAAUUCACUAAGGAUGUCUAACAACAAUUACAGUACGCGGCAAGGGAUGCUCAUGACUCUGGGAAUCGCAAUAGAACCACGUGGCUCGGAAGUCAGAACGGGUCAACUUGCAAAUCACAUGAACGCAGUUCCAAUUGAGGAGGGUAGCUCGGUGCGCAUUACCUGCGACCCUGCAUUUUAUGCCAGUUGCGGCAGUGACUUGAUUUAUUUAAGUUGUGAACAUUUGCGAGAAACAGUUAAACCUGGCAAUCGAAUCGUGAUUGAUAAUGGCGAAAUUAUUCUACGAGUUUUGGAUAUAGGCCCUACUGAUAUGACAUGCAAAGUUCUAUCCGGUGGUAAUUUAGGAAACGAUCGCAAGGUCACUUUGCCAGAAGUUCCAAUUGAAACAACUACAUUGUCCAACCAAACAAAGCUUGAUCUACUCUUUGCGGUCAAAUAUGAAGUGGAUUUCGUAAUAGUAAAGCGCGUAAGAUUUGCAGAUCAGAUAAAACAGUAUAGAGCUGAGCUGGGAGAAGAAGGUCAGUACAUCCAAAUGAUUGCCAAGAUCGAAACACUUCAAGGGUUAGAAAAUUUAGAAGAAAUUCUGGAAGAAGCUGAUGCUAUAAUGUUCUCCAAGCACGACAUGGCUACAGAGAUGCCAGUAGAAAAUGUGUGCCUGGCGCAAAAAUACGUUCUUGGGCGUUGCAUACUGUUUCCAUAUAAUUACAAGCUGUCUGGAAUGGCAAUCAGUAAUUUGGAGACUAAUGUGUAA